AUGCACGACACUGUUUGCAGCGCUAAAGCUAGUGAACUAGAAAUGCAAGAUUUAGUCCACAUGUCUGACACGUGCAAGGCUGAAUCAAAUCACGAGAUAAUCAUGCGUGACGCGUGCGACAAACACAGUGUUCAAGAAUGUAAAGACUGUAUAGACAAUUUGAAAGCUGGAGGGGACAAAGUUCGGAUAAAGCCUCAAGCAAAAUGGUACCUUCUAUCUCGUUUAGAACUUCCUGAUUGGUUACGUGGUAAUCCCUUUUUAUCGUACUACCAUAGACCUCCUAUGCCGUCUUUUGGAGUUUGUUUUAAAAGCAUAUUUAAGGUACAUACAGAAACUGGAAAUAUAUGGACGCAUUUGGUUGGAUUUAUAGCCUUUGUUUGCAUUGCACUGUACGUGUUUCUUCGACCAAUUUCCGCUUCCAGUCCAUUUCCCAAAGACUGGCAGGAAAAGUUGGUGUUUGGAAUUUUUUUCGCUUGCGGUAUUAUAUGUCUCGGUUUUUCAUGGAUUUUUCACACUGUUCAUUGUCACUCUAAGACAGUGUCGACGAUCUUUCGCAGGUAGGUAAUAAUUCUAUGUAAAAACAUUUGCUCCUUUGGAGGAUGGGGUAGUUAAAAAAAAACCGGGCUCUUCCUUGUAAUUUGUUGAAGGACACAUUUUGGGAUCCAAAGACCAGACAGGAGUAGAGAGGAGAAGUGUGACGUCACGUUACCAUGGUAGACUUGAUGACUUGACUUUGUAUCAUCUGAUUUUAUCAACAGCCUUGACUAUGCUGGUAUCGUAGUGUUCAUCAUGGGUUCAUUCAUCCCUCCUCUUUAUUACGCGUUCUACUGCUCGAGGAUUCUAAAGAUUGUUUACAUGUCCCUGACCUGUUCUCUUGGUGUUAUGUGUAUUAUUGUUUCAUUGUGGGGCAAGUUCAAGAAAUCUAAGUAUCGAAUAUUUAGAGCAGGUAAGUGGAAUUGUUACAAGGAAGUCAAAAAGAACCUGAAAGGGUUGGUGGACAAUUGUGAUAUUUUGUUUGGCAAGAAUUUGUUUUCCAAGCCUUCUACUGAUGUUAUCGGAGAUGAUUCCAAUUCUUUGGGUAUACAGAAUAAGAAUAUACUAGUCUUAACUCCACGUAAGAUUUUUUUCCUGGACUCUUUCAGAUUUUUUCUUAAAAAUUAUUGAGCCCUUUCCUCAAAAGUAAAGGUUUCUCUCCUAAGGUUAAGUAUGGAUUUAUGGAUUUCUUUGCAAUUGUUCCAAGACUAGUUUAUUGUUGGAAGUAAAUUAAUAAUUUGCAACGGGAAAUUCGCUUUUAGCCUAGGUUAAAUCUAUAUAGUAUAAGGAAGUCAAAAGGAAGCUGAGUCCGUUCUGACGAGGUGGGGUCAUUUCAAGUCUACGCCGGUGUGUACUCGACAUUUUCUUUUCUGUAGACAAGUUCAAUUUGAACCUUAGCUCCAAACAAAUGUCAGUGCAAGUAAGUUAACAGGAGGAGGUUAACAACUUUCAAAAAGAACAUGCAAACAUCACGAAUCAAAAAAGCACCAAUUACUCUUAGAGUCUUUACAGUCCAUGAAAUCACGGCUUAACUGACCGACGAGUUUAAUAGCAUUUUUACCAAGACCAAAACUGAAGCAAUCGGUGCAUAUCCACUUUCGAGAAAGCCAUUCCAAAGUCACUGCAUGCCUUUAAAAAAACCUCGCUCCCCUAUGAGAAGAUAUGUCUCUGGAGCUCGGUAUGGCCCGGUUCAGACGCCGCUCCACUCAUGCACCAAACCUAACUAAUCAAUUAAGUACGGCAAAGGAGCGCCGUCUGGUGUUAGGUGCGGCAAAAGUUCGACAGUCUGGCGCACUUUUGUCGAACUUAACUUAGCCUUGACACACGGUGCGCCAUCUGAAUCACAUGUCGCGCCAGUGUCGCUCCAAAGUCGAACUUAUUCAGUUAGGUUCGGCACAUGAAAAGUACGGCGUCUGAACCAGGACUAACAUAAUAAAAAGACAACAGUGUAGUAGGUCUUCGUAGAUAUUAAGUUGAGGCGGCAUAACGCUCUCCAGAGGUAUUUUAAGUCCGAUGGACAGUGACCGACCCUAAAACAAACAGCGACACACAAGGGUAUUCAUCCUUAAAUCUACAAGUAGGGUUUGGCGACAAAAAAGAAGUAUAGUACACGAUGAGCUAAACGGAAAGAAAUGUUUGGAGUUCAACUACGUAAACUAUUUUAUUUCAGGACUGUUGAUUGCCUUCGGUUGGUCAGGUGUUAUUCCUGCUAUCCACCUUGUGUCAACGCAUGAAGCCACUCUCGUCAUGCGUCAAGUGGCAGUGGAAUGGAUAAUUUUGAUGUCCUUCUUGUACACUGCCAGUGCUGUCACUUAUGCAACGAGGAUUCCGGAGAGGUUCUUUCCCGGAAAAUGUGACAUAUGGGUAAGCUAUUUUUACAUUGUUGAGAAAUUUCAAUCUUAAGGGCAAAGAACUGAUUACCGAAUAAAUUUUCUGUCAGCUUCCAUUUUCUAAAAGUCAAUACCCAAAAUAACGUUGUUUACAGAAGGUAAAUUUACAGUUCCCAGAAAUGAUAAACUUGUGUCCCUCGAAGUGCUCCCACCCCCGUCUCAACUAUAAACUGAAGCACUUUUGCAGCGAAUUGUAAGUUGGAAUGUUGGUAAUUGAGGAGAAGGGAAAACAGGGCUACCAGGAUAAAAACCUAACAGAACAGAGAUGAGAACUAACAACCACAACGCCUGGACUCGGACCCAGGUCAGAUUGGUGGGAGGCCUGUGCUUUCACCACUGCGCCCUUUUGCACUCCAAAACCGCGUUAAGUUGAGUAGACCCCCCAAAUGCACGCUCAUACGUCGCCGAAUGCCAGCCAAAACGCCUUCGGUGUUCUUCUACAAAGCCCAGAGUACUGUCUAGACCUCCACUUUCCUUUAGAAUUAUGAAAACAAACCUGAUCACAAUUAAUAAAAUUAGUCAUUCUAUCAAAUAGACGUUUCUUCUGUUCCAUUCCUUUAGUUCCAAAGCCAUCAAAUCUUCCAUGUGCUGGUGGUGAUCGCAGCCUUUGUUCAUUUGUACGGCAUUUGUCAAAUGGCGUAUUAUAGGUUUGACCAGGGAUCGAGUUGUGCAAACUGACUUAAUUCGCAUGAGAAGGUCACGAAUUUCAGCUGUUAAAUGACACACUUGGAUGUGCACACCAAGACUUUACCCUGAGGAUUAAGAAAACCAUUUGACUUUAUCUGCCUGUUUAGGAUUAUGGUGCGCCAGAUGGCGGCCACUUUGGUGACGUCACAGGUCUUCAGCAGAGCCAUGUCUCAAUAGAGCGUUUUCACUCACGUGGCCAGCAUCUAUUUAUGCAUAUGCAUUAUUGCAACAAAAGGAGGCGUUUACAUAAGAAAAGAUUCUACUCCCACAAGAUUGGUUUGGGACACCAACAUGGCCGCCGUUUCAUUGUCUUGGAAACCAAUAUGGCCGCCGUGACGUCAUGUAAAAAACAGCUUCUUAUAUUCAGAUCAUCUUGUAGAGCUCGUCACAAGCGUGGGUCCACGGUCACUUAAACAUCAAAGUUUUAAAAUAUUGUGCACAACACCAUAGGCAUGAGGGCAAUUUAUAGAACAAAGACAGUGAUACUUUUCGAUAUCAGUCGAUAACUGAUCUACGUAACUGUUUACAAUAUGCAUUUCGCCCCAUGAAAGGGAGUCCGGAUUCCAGAUUCCAGCAAUUUUUUGCUUGUUGGAUCAGGAGUCCGGGAAGGUUUUGCUAGUGGAAUCCGGAAUCUUGAGGCUUGGGAAUCCGGAAUACAGCCCAAGGAAUCCGGAAUCUCAGUAACGAUUGGGAUCCGGAAUUCAAGUUCCACUGACAAAGACCAGGGGCGUAACCAGCCCAGAGGUCUGUAGGCCAGGGCCUACAAAUCUUUGGCUUGAUCACUUUAGCGCUUGUAAUAAAUUAUGCGUUGUUGGGGUGAGCUAAACAGCUUAAGAGCUCAAAGUGUUGGUGAGGUCAGUGCGUACUAGUCAUGCGUGG